CCUCUCUCCCAGGGGCUCCCCCCACUCCCCUCUCUCUCCUCUCUCCCCCAGGGGCUCUCCCUCUCAGCUCUCCCCUCAGUGUGUCUCCCCCCUCGCCCGGCUUAUUCGUCUUCCUUCCUUCCUGCUCCUACUGCCCAGUCUCGCACUCUCCUGUCAGGCGCUCCUCGCUGGCUCGCCGCUCGAACGUGUGUGGAGGAGUAGGAGGAGGAGGUCUCUGUAGGAGUUUUGUUGUUGUUCGUCAGCACUCCACCACCACCAACAACAACAACCACCACCAACAACAACAACCAACAACGACGCCUUGGCAGCUGAGUCCGCUCCGCUGGUUUGUAACCCAGCGGGGAGGUGUGGGACGUGGGGGCGCUGCACCUGCGGUGGGGAGCUGCCUGGACGCCGCCGUUGUGGCGGUGUUGCGGUGCACCAUGCGGCGCAUCGCCUACUGCAAAGUGGUGCUCGCAACGUCGCUCGUGUGGGUGCUGCUCGACGGAUUUCUGCUGCUCUACUUCAGCGAGUGCAACAAGUGCGAAGACAAGAAGCCCCGGGGUCUUCUUCCUGUUCUUAACGGCGCGAUCUCCCGUCCCCGAGAGGGCCCUGGGGAGAUGGGCAAGGCUGUGCACAUCCCCAAGGUGGAGGAGGAGCACAUGCGGGACUUGUUCAAAAUCAAUCAGUUUAACCUGCUGGUCAGCAACAAGAUCGCGCUGAACAGGUCUCUUCCAGACGUUCGCCUCGACGGGUGCAAGACGAAGGCGUACGCGGACGGGCUGCCCGCCACCACGGUGGUCAUCGUGUUCCACAACGAGGCGUGGAGCACGCUGCUGCGCACGCUGCACAGCGUCAUCGGCCGCUCCCCGCGACACCUCCUCUCGGAGAUCGUGCUGGUGGACGACGCCAGCGAGAGAGAUUUCCUGAAGAAGCCGCUGGAGGACUACGUGCGCAAGCUGGAGACUCCCGUGCGGCUCCUCCGCAUGGAGCAGCGCUCGGGCCUCAUCCGCGCCCGACUCAGGGGGGCGGCCGCCGCCCAGGGUCAGGUGAUCACGUUUCUGGACGCGCACUGCGAGGCCACGACAGGCUGGCUGGAGCCCCUUUUGGCCAGGAUCAAGGAGGACAGGAGGGCAGUGGUCUGUCCCGUCAUCGACGUCAUCAGUGACGAGACCUUUGAGUAUCUGACCGGAUCUGACAUGACGUACGGUGGCUUCAACUGGAAACUCAACUUCCGCUGGUACCCGGUGCCCCAGCGAGAGAUGGACCGGCGAAAGGGCGACCGGACGCUGCCGGUGAGGACCCCGACCAUGGCAGGAGGGCUGUUUGCCAUCGACCGUGACUACUUUCAGGAGAUUGGCACCUACGAUCCUGGCAUGGACAUCUGGGGAGGAGAGAACCUUGAAAUGUCUUUCAGGAUCUGGCAGUGUGGCGGCUCGCUGGAGAUCGUCACGUGCUCGCACGUGGGUCACGUGUUCCGCAAGGCCACGCCGUACACCUUCCCCGGCGGCACGGGACAGGUGAUCAACAAGAACAACCGGCGUCUGGCCGAGGUGUGGAUGGAUGAGUUCAAGGGGUUCUUUUACGUCAUCUCUCCCGGCGUCACAAAGGUGGAAUACGGUGACGUCUCGGCACGGAAGGCCCUGAGGGAGCGGCUCAAGUGCAUGCCCUUCUCGUGGUACCUGGAGAACGUCUACCCGGACUCUCAGAUCCCACGGCACUACUACUCCCUGGGCGAGAUCAGGAACAUGGAGACAAACCAGUGCUUGGAUAACAUGGGAAGGAAAGAGAAUGAGAAAGUUGGAAUCUUCAAUUGUCAUGGCAUGGGUGGGAACCAGGUGUUCUCGUACACGGCGGAGCAGGAGCUGCGCUCCGACGACCUGUGCCUGGACGUGUCGCGGCUCAGUGGCCCCGUCAUGAUGCUCAAGUGCCACCACCUCAAGGGAAACCAGCUGUGGCACUACGACCGCGAGAAGAUGACGCUACGUCACGUGAACAGCAACCAGUGUUUGGACAAGGCCGGCGAGGAAGACCGCCAGGCGCCCACGAUCAGCGACUGCAACAGCGGCCGCUCGCAGCAGUGGCUUCUCCGCAACGUGACACUGGGGGUGUAGGUCUCCCCCCCCCCCCUCCCCCCGAGUGAUGGGGAGUGGAGCGGGCAACCUCCUACCCCAGCCUAAGCUGGAACUCGCAGGGCAGCGUGCAUCAACCACAACAAUUGCGGCAGGCGCGUCUCCUGGCCGGGGUUCGCAUCGGCCGCGAGGAUUGCGCAGGCCGGGCGUGGCGAGACGCGCAGACUCCCGGGGGGAAAGAGGUUGGUGGUGGUGGUGCUUGUGGACACGAUGAUGAUACAUUGGUGUGCGGUGUGCGCUACGGCAGUUCAGGUCCUGGCAGUGCAGUAUCGCAAGAGAUCGACUCUUGCGGGGAAAUUGCUCGGCUGUCUGCGUGCACUUUUUAUUUUUUUCCCCUCGAGCGCAGCACGAGUGGGCAAGGCUUUCGCUUUGUGUCCCAUUGUGUAAAAGGUACACUCGGAGUUUGUAUAAUUAGGUUUGUGGCACCAGUCAAAAUAUCUGCAUUAGGCUUUUGUACGGUUUAUUCUUGAAGGAUGGACUAAUUUAUAAUUCAAUAUUGAAUUGAGAAAUGGUUCUUUCUUUGACUGAACAGCAUUCUGUUAAGAGCAAGCAACAUCAAAGGAUUCUUUUUUAUAUUUCAGUUAAUGGUUAUAGCUGAAUUCACGUUGUCAAAACAAUUAAUUUAUUUGGCAUGACAUGAAUGGUUGAUUUCGGAUAUUUGUAGUCUAGAAACAGCACACUAUUCGUUGCGGCGUUGUCUAGUUUACAUUCUUUCGCAAGCGAUGAAAAUAAUUGACAAACGAUGGUUUGUUGUAACUAUGGAAUUGGCUUGAACUUUGUAAUUUGGCAGCCGCUUGCAAUCCAUUCUAGAAACUAAGCAAAUGGAAAGCUGUUAUUUCGAGCCAUCAACCUCUUAGGUCUAAGCCAGAAUCGUUCCCAUUAUGGAUAGUUAUUCACAUUUGGAAAUGGGCCAAGACCGUCAUUUGUACCACACCAAUACCCCACUCCAAAGCAGCAAGGAGAUCACGCUCAGAGACCGAAUCCCCUCAACACUUUGAAGCAAUCGGACACCUCGCCAGCCGCGGAGGUCACGGCCAAUGACUCACGUGGCUCUUCAGAAGCAUUGGGCUCUUGCCCUGCCACCUCUGUGUGUGUCCCCUGCCUGCGCGCAGCCCAGUUCACCCCCAGCGGCACGUGGUGGCGGAGGGGAGGGGUGGGGGGGGGUGAUCGCGAGGGUUCUGGUGCAAAGUUUCUAAAACGUUUCAAUUGUCCAAGGCAAUGAAUGACGGCGUCGUUUUUAAUUGUAGGCACUGCACCGAUGCCCUUGCUGUGCGAGUGUGCGUGCGCACGUCAUAUUUUCAUCUUUACCGUUCUUUGCAUUUUUUUCUCGCAAAUAAUGCAUUUUAAAAGGAAAUGUACGUCUCAAAAUACAGCUUUUUACGACAACGGAGUCGGGUCGCGAAUGAGAGGCGUUGCGAUAUCAAAAUCGCAGUAAGGUAGCGCGAAAAAAUGUGUGCAGCAGUUUCAAGAGAAAGUUUAGCGUGUGGAUUUCGCCAAAAAAAUAGUUCGUGGCGGUGUUGAAAAAGUGCUCAUCGAUUAAAGUAUAUAAUUAUAUAUUUGAUUAUAAACCAAUUUCAAUGUUUACUUGCACUACGAGUAGGAGAGAUUUAGGCGAUGUAUACGAUGUGAAACGGCAGUUUGUUUUAACGUUUGAUUUUUUUUAAAGAACGUUCCCCCCUCCCCCCCCCCCCACCAUUUAAUUCGCUAAUGAAGAAGUGACUUGAUGACGUGAACCACCCGCUCGGACACGCGGGGGGGUGGAGGACUGGGGGGGGGGGGGGCAGCCCUGGGCAAGGGGGCCCCUCUGUAGGCACCGGAAAGUGACUUUUGUGCUCGGUGGAUGAUUGUUGUCCUUCCCUUACCCACCACCCCCACCACUCGGCACCCCCGAAUCGCGGCGCGGUUGGCUACGUACGGUGCGAAAGACGUCCAACGUGCACAGGAAGAUACCGUGACGACGCCAAAAGCGACCAAAAAUAGCGAUGUCCACAUUCAGCGGGCAUUGGCUCCAUUGGCCACUUAGAUCCAGAAGGUCCCACCCAAACCUCAGAACCACAUUAGCUAAUCAAAUCAUAACCAGAGUCCAACUAUAACCCUUAACCAUGGUGCUUAACCCUCAGUCUGCCCCACCCAGCCACCCAGCCACCCACCCCCUAUUCACUUUUGACUUUCUCUGCAAUUUUCAUUCACCUUUGAGUUGAUGAGGUUAUUCAACAGGGUCAAAAUAUGGACAUAGUGUUCACUUAAACUAGCGGGCGAGUAACGAGUUCCUAGAGAGACAGAAAUGUACACUGUGUAUUUUGUGUGUGAGGUGUGGAGGGUUGGGGGGGGGGAAUAAAAAUGUG